CAAAACUCAGCCUUUUUCAAGAGAGCUGCAUUUCCCAGUUUGAAUGCGCCAGCAGAUCCGCCUCCCGUCGUGUCCCCCAGCCGCCCACACUGGUGUGUCAAGCCACCGUGAUCCGAUUCCCAGCGCAUCUACCCGAAUCUGUGUUGCAUGAUGGCGUUGUCGAGUGAUCUCCAGCAACUGAGUCAGCUCCUCCAGCAGACCCUCUCGCCAAAUGUCGCCGACCGCAAGGCUGCCGAGGCGUCCCUGGCAGCCGCCAGCAAGCAGGACCAAUUUCUGACCAUCCUGCUGACCCUGCUGCAGACGCCCGAUGUGCCCAUGGCUGUGCGCCAGAGUGGCGCCAUCUUCUUCAAGAACUACUGCCGCAAGGGAUGGACCAGCGGCGACAACCCCGCCGAGGGCGGCAUACGACCCGCCGACCGACUGCUGGUCAAGCAACAUGUCCUCACACUCAUGAUGCACUGCCCCAAACAGGUGGGCGUGGAUGCGAUGCGUGUAUGGCGCAUGGGGCCUUCUCUCACUCUCUCUCUGCCUGCCUGUCUGUCUGGUACACUCAACUCAUAUGCAUGUGUCUGUGUAUGUGUAUGUCUGCAGGUGCAGGCUCAGCUGAGGGACGCCGUGGCCCGCAUAGCGGUGUCUGACUUCCCGUCGCAGUGGCAGGCGCUGCUGCCCGAGAUCAUCCAGAAGCACCUGGUGUCGAGCGACCUGCAGGUGCUCAACGGCGCCAUGGACACCCUCGACGUCAUCCUCCGCAAGUACCGCUCCGUCCACCGCAGCGAGGAGGUGCUGGCCGAGCUCAAGGGCGUGAUCCUGCAGCUGCAGGAGCCCCUGCUGACCAUCUACAAGACGGCCUGCCAGCAGCUGGUGGGUGGCGGCGGCGUCGGCCAGGUGGAGGCCUACACGCGUCUGCUGCUGACGGCCUGCUGCAUCUUUUACUCGCUGAAUGUGGUGGAUUUGCCCGAGUACUUCGAGGACCACAUGCAGGAGUACUUCGAGGGAUUCCUCAAGUUCCUCGGCUGGCACCAUGACGCCGUCAAGGCUGCAGACGACGACAAACCUGGUAGGUGUGCGUCAGUCAGGACAAGACACGCACAUUCACAUGGUUGCCUUGACGUGGUGUGGUGUGCUAGGUAUGUUGGAGGAGCUCAAGACGCAGAUCUUGGAGAACCUGACCCUCUACUCGGACAAGUACCAGGAGGAGUUCGAACCCUACGUGCAGCCAUGCGUCAAGUCAGGUCAGUCAGUCAGUCAGUCAGUCAGGGGGUGGGAACAGACGCCACGCCCAUCCACACACACACACACGCGCCUUUCCUCACUCACUCUGUGCCCGUGAUGGCUGCUUCUGGUUCAGUGUGGGAGCUGCUGAUGUCGCUGGACUCCCGUGAGUGCCAGGACGGCUUGGUGAGUGCGGGCGUGCACUUCCUCUCCACCGUGGCCCACACCAAGUGGACCCCUUCGCCGUUCGACGACCCCAACGUCCUCAGGGCCGUCUGCGAGAAGGUCGUACUGCCCAACAUCACUCUCAGAGACUCAGGUCAGCCCAUUCACGGGCCCUGUAUGUGUGUGGGGGGCGGAUGUGAGUGUGUGUGUGUGCCUCUCUCUGGUUUGUGUGUAGAUUUGGAGCUGUUUGAGGACAAUCCUCAAGAGUACAUCCGCCGCGACAUAGAGUCGGCCGACCAGGACACGCGACGCCGCUCCGUCAUGGAACUCGUCAAGUCGCUCUCCAAGUUCUACGCUGACCAGGUCCCCCCCGGCCCGCCCCCAAGACACACACAACCAUCCCCCAUCCAUCCAUCCAUCCAUCCAUGUCUAUGUCCCUCAGGUGACGGGCAUCCUGGCCGAGUACGUCAACAGUCUGCUGCAGGUGCAGUCCAAGCCCGACGCCCCGCAGGAGAGCGAGAAAGCCAAGGACGCCUGUGUGUACCUCGUCAUCGCCAUGGCCGUCCGCAGCCAGUCCAGACUCAAGGGCGUCGUCGAGACCACCCAGAAGGUCGACGUCGCCGAUUUCUUCAGGACCACACUCGCACCCGAGCUCACCGCCGAGCCCAUCAGCACACGGCCCAUCGUCAGGGCAUCGGCCAUCAAGUACCUCACCCUCUUCCGAAACCAGCUCGACGCAACGUCAGCCGACCUCGGACGGACAACAUGACGACUCUGCGGUUCUGGGCGGUCGCAGUGUCAGUGUGUGUGUGUGUGUUGAUAGGGUGUUGGAGCAGAUCUUGCCGUCGGUGUGCAGGCAUGUGCUGCACGAGAAGGCUGUGGUGCACACCUAUGCGGCGUCGUGCAUCGAGCGGCUGCUGUCGAUGAAGGAGGCCCUCGCCGUGCAGCCGGCCGGCACAGCGGGGAGGCGACGGUCGACGCCGCGACUCUACGUGCAGAACCUCAAGCCCACACUGACACAGGCACGUGUGUUGCACUCGCACACAGAAACACACAGAGGGAGGGAGACGGCCCAUUUAUCCAUCCAUCCAUCCAUCCAUCCAUGUGUUGUGCUGUGUCGCACUGUGUGUGUGCACACCACACAGGUGUUGGAGCCGCUGAUUCAGAUCGUAUUGACGAAGCGGGGCAUCCCCGAGAACGAGUAUAUCAUGCGGUGCAUCCUGAGGAUAUUCACCUUCAUGGGCGAAGAAGGUCAGCCAUCCCUCCGCAGAUCCACCCCCAACGUCCUCUCCAUCUGUCUGUGUCUGUCUGUGUCUGUGUGUGCGUGUCUGUGUGUGUGUGUCAGCGUCUGGUUUGGCGAUUCAGACCCUUGAGAAGCUGGUGGGUGUGGUCAAGGAGGUGUCUGCCAACCCCUCCAACCCCAAGUUCAACCACCUCCUCUUCGAAACCAUCGCCACCAUCGUCAAAAUCACCGCACCCAAGACCCCCGAUGGUACCUACGCACACCCACAUCCCACGCACCCAUGGAGUUGACGCACGUGUGUGUGUGUGUGUGUGUGCGUGUGUGCGUGUGUGUGUUGUGUGUAUGUCUGCAGCUGUGGAGAGCAUCUUGCUGCCGGUCUUGGCGGUCAUUGUGCAGCAGCAGAACCACGACUUCGUCCCCUACUGCUUCCAGGUCAGUCACGUGUCUGUGGUGAUGUGCAUGGCCUCAACUCAAAUGUGUGUGUGCAGAUUCUGGGAGUGAUGUUGGAGGCGAGCGUGAAGCCGUCCGCCAGCUACAACGAGCUCUUCAGCCACCUCAUGAACACCAACCUCUGGUCGGCUUCACAGGUAGGGAUGCAUGCCUUUGCAGAGACACACACCUUUUGGCAGAUCAGAUGACACAACCACGCACAUCUCAUCUCAUCUCUCUAUGCUAUGCUAUGUGUGUGUGAAUCGGUUCUGUCCACCAGGCGAAUGUGCCAGGUGUGGUGAAUCUGCUGACGUCGUUUUUCAAAAAGUACCCCGUACUCACCGACCUCAUCAGCAAACACAUGCAGGUCGGUAAGGUACAGCUCAGCUGCCUGGCUGAUCCGAUGCACAGCCGUCUUUAUGUGCAUUUGAUUUGCCCUCCCCCCCUCUAUGCGUCUGUCUGUCUGUCUGUCUGCGUGUGUCUGUGUCUGUCAGGGUGUGUUUGAGCGUUUCCAGUACUGCCUGCAUCACCGCAAGCUGGAGCCCUACGCCUUCGAGCUGCUCAACGCCAUCUUCAAGUGGCUCCCAUACAACCUCUACGCGCAGCACUUCCAGGCAAGACACGACACGACACCGCCAAUCAAAUCAAGCCACACACCACACCACACAGACGACAUGACGUGUGUGGUGUGGUGUGGUGUGUUGUGGUGUUGUGUGGUGCCAUCGGCUGACCUGACAGACAUUGCUGACGGUGUUGUUGAGCCGGCUGCACACGGCCAAGAGCAACCCACGCCUCAGCCGAGACGCCAUCAUCUCGCUCUCAUUCUUCACCGUACGUACACAGCGCAAAACAUGACAGACAGACAGACACGGGCAGGGCAGUGCAGCUCACCUGACUUGGCUUAUCUGACUGACUGAUCACCGUUGCAGUGCCACCACGAGGAGGUCAUCAUCCCAAAAAUGCUCGACAAAAUCCAAUCAGGUAAAUAGGGAAGAAACCCAGAGGCCCAAGUGGACGAGAGACGGUGUGUGUGUGUGUGUUGUGCGUGUCAGGCCUGACGACCAACUUCCUCACACACGUCUGGCUGCCAGCUGCGAAAAGUAUCUAUCACGCACACAGGACAGGCAGAAGACACACACACACGCACGGACAGACACCUGUGAUAAGCGCAAGCGACCAAUGCUCCGUCCUCUGCGUGUUGGUUGGCUGCUCGGCUGGCUGCAGCAAUGAGCGAUUUCGCGGACAAGAAGGUCACCGUGCUAGCUCUCUCGCGGCUAUGCAGCGUCCCGGUGGGCAACGAACGUGCCUGAUGAGUGGCCAUGGCCAUGGCACUCUCUCUCGCUCUCUGUGUGUGUGUGUGUGUGUGUGUGCGCGUUGUGUGUGAUGUGCUCCUAGGAGGUGGCGUCCAACGCCGAGUUGCUCAAGUCGUGUCUGGUGGUGAUCGGCAGCCUCAUGGGCCUCGGCAUGGAAAACGGCACCAUCGACCAUGAAACCGACGAGGAAGAGGUAAGCUACAGUAGUGGGCAAACAUAGCGACCAACACCUGGCCCUCGUGCGUCUGUGUGGUGGUGUGGUGUGAUGCAGGAGCUGGGUCCGGUAGCUGACGGGCCCGACACGGGCAUAGAGUUUGAGGUGGCUUACGCCAGGCUGCACUCGACGGACUACACAUCCAAAGACAUGGUGGGAGUGAGGGAGAGAGAGAGAGAGAGAUGCACAACACAGCCCCGCCCAUAUAUGUGUGUGUGGGUGUGCACUGCACUGCACAGGUGCCCGAGGUGAAGGACGUGUUGGCUUACGUCAAGACGUGCCUGCUCAACCACAAGGGGCUCAUCGAGCAGAUCGCCGCCUCACAGCCACAAGUACCCGCUCCCACAGGGGACCAGAGCGCCCUACAGCCGCUCGCCAGACUCCUGCAAUGAUGAGUGAGUGACACUGAAGGAGUGAGUGACCCAGCCGGCCGGCCGGCCGUCCGGUGCAGGACUAGAAGCUGUAGAUGACCCUCUCUCUCUCGUGUCAUGUUCGUUCGUUGCAUCUUUCUUGGUGUCCGUCCUCUCUGCCUGCAUCUCUCUCUCUCUCUCUCCGUCCCCCUGUCUGUCUGUCUGUCUGUCUGCCUGUGUUUCUUGUCUACCCUCGUCUGUGUAUCCCAUGGAGUCGUCGUCAGUGUGCCUAGCGUAGGUGGGCAGGCCUGCCAGACAGACAGCCAGGCAGCCAGGCAGCCAGCCAGCCAGUCCGGACAGAAUGCUAUCUGUGGCAGUCUGCCUGCCUGCCUGUCUGUCUGUCCGCCUUUUAGAUCUGUAAAUAACUGACUAGCUGCCCACCCCCCCACUCACUCACACAAGCUGUCUUGUCGUCGUCUGUGUGUGAGGGGGAGUGAGAGAGAGGGGCGGAGGGAAGGCUGGCUGGACGGACGGGCGGACGGCUGUACGGCUGGAUGGCUGGAUGAGUGUGUCCCUUUGUCUUGUCUCUCUCUCUCUCUCUCUGUCUAGAGGAGCAUUUUGCAUUUAUGCCAGUAACUCAGGUGGACGGACGGAUCUCUGUGUGUGUGUGUGUGAAUGCUUGCAUUGCAUCUAUCUACCUAUCUGUCUUGAGUGAAGUGCAUACCUCGGUUU